GAAAGUAUGCUGCCUGGGCAUUGCCCACAGAAAUAGAAAACCCUUUUGUAUGGUGAGCACUUGUGUCCAUGCGAACAGCAUCGUUUUCGGAGCUUUGACUCAGGCGGUAGCAGCGUCGGGCCGGUGGAUACAAAACAGACGAGCGGGUGACGGAAGCAAAAAUGUCUGAUUACAGCACCACGCCGACGAGCCCCACAUCUCAAUUUUCCAUCUCUUCUGCCAGCACACAGGGCAGCGUCAACAUCACAGAGAGCAGCGUCAACAUCACGAAAAACUCUGAUUUAAGCGAGAUUGCAGCCAAUGACUUAAUCAGCAAUGCAAACUACGUCUACAGUUUGCUUGCUACCUUCGGUCUCUUAGCAGGCUGCUUCCUGCUUUACAGUUUCAUUCAGACUUAUCGCGCCCACAAGAGGCUGGCCUGGCUCGGCUGCCUCCUCUGGGUGUUUUGUGGCUUCCAGCUGCUGCUCCUGCUCCUCUCUUUGCACACUGUGGCCCACAGACCUGACUACCUAAACACCACAGCUUUAGGCUGUGCCGCACUCUCCUUUACCAUCAACAUAGCCUCUCUGUGUGGCCUGCUGGUCUUAGUGCUCAUGGCAUCCGUCGUCACCUUUGAUCCUCCAUCCAAUCACCUGCUGAGAAAGUCUCGUGUCUGUGCGGCACUAGUGGGCAUCACUUCUGUACUCAUUUCUCUGGUGCUGGCUGGCAUUCGUGGACCCAGAGGAGAUUUGCAGAAAGAGGGCAACUGUUUGAUGGAUCCCACCACAGAUGGUGUUUCAUACGCAGUUGCUAGGCUGUGUUUGGUCUUCCUGAUUCCCUACAUCCUCCAACUGGGACUCCUGAUAGGUGGCUGCGUCCGCCAGAGGGAGUCGAAUGGACGCUUCCUCUCCGGCUCUGAGGAAGGCCCUGUGUUCCUGGCGGUCACCGGUUUUACGCUCAUCUGCCAGCUCUUCUACAGCGUGGCGCUGCUUAGAGGGGCUCUGAUUAAUAGUGAAAGACAGCUGACGUUCCACCAGAAAGCAUUUUUGAGUGUGUCUGAAUUUGUGCUGUUCUCAGGGAGCAGCGUGAGCCUGCUGCUCGUCCUGUUCAUGCACAGGCCGUGUCGGGAAAGCCUCUAUGGAGUGAUCAGGCGGCUGCGGGACUGCUGCCGACGUCCAGGGCCACAGCCCAACAGGAACAUCAUAGCUCCGCACAUUGAGAUCACAGACACUCUGGAGGACAUCGAGUCUUAAGAAAUGUGUCUGUUUGCUAGGAGAGAGCUCUUCCCAUGCAUCAUAUUUAAUGUCUUACCUGUUAUGGACCACCUCACUAUCUAUCCAGUCACUGAAAGCUUGCAGAACUCUCAUUAAAUGUAUUUUUUUUUUAACAUUUCAUUUACAAAAUGUACAAAAAGAGGAGAAAAAAAAUGCUUUAUAUCUUGUUACUGUGCAUCAUCUUGCCAUGUUAUGUCAAUUCAAAGGAUUUAUUUCUUUAAUCAGGGAAUUAAAAAGGAGCUAUUAGUA